AAGCAGGCGUCUCAAGCUGGCGGCCCGGGGGCCACAUGUGGCCCUCCAAUCGAUUUCAUGUGGCCCUCCAAACAAUAUCAAGUUGUAACGAGUCAUUUCUAUAUGCUUUUAUUUUUAAAUUAAUAGAUGAAUUUUGCAUCAUAAAUAUGUUUUUUUUAUUGUUGCAUAUUAAAACAACCACUUAUAUUUUGAAAUUAUCCAAUCCAAUCCAACUUUAUUUGUAAAGCCCAAAACAAACACAGUGGAACAAAGUGCUGUACAGAAUAAUGGAUAAAAGACAGAAAAGCUCAAACGAGGCAAGAGUACAUAUAAAAAAGGAAUUAAUACGGCAUAUUGAUAUGGAAUUUUGAGCUCAUAACGUUCACCGCAACUGUUGUUUUUCCCAAAAAAGUUGGGCUUUUUUUUUUUUACUUGACUGGCCCCCGACUGACCAGACGAGACAGUCAGUGGCCCACAGGUCAUUUGAGUUUGAGAUCCCUGACUUAAAGCUUUAAGUCUCCUCUGCUUUUCAUUAUGUCUCUGUGGUGGAACUGACUCAUAGAUCAGACACUGUGUGGUUAUGCUGCACCAUUUAAUUUACAGAGACAUCACUUUUAUCAUGAGACACCAUCAACUGCCCCUGGGUGGGCUAUCAAUCGGUUUAUCAUUAUUAUUAUUAUUAUUAUUAUUAUUAUUAUUAUUAUUAAUAAUAAUAAUAAUAAUAAUAAUAAUAAUUAUAUUAAUUAGAAGAAUAAGAAAAAGUAAAUCUUAUUUACAAUCCCUUUUACCUUGACAUUAGCUUAAAUAACUCAUUGUAAAUGGAAAUAUCACUGCGUCUUGAAUUGAAUAAAGCAUUGAUAAACUAUAAAGUGAAAUUGCACAAUUAAGCAUAGCGCAAAACACUCUGAACGUAUGAAAGGAAUUACAGUUAUAGUUUAACGACAGGGCUUUUUCUUACCUGGACUGAGCUCCAGCAGGUGUUUUACUCCAGUAGAUUAUCCGAAAUUAUCUUUUUCUUUAUUCCUUUUUCUUCUUCUUCUUGCUCCUGAGAAAUUAUAAAACAAUGUCGGUGCGUUCAAGGACCUUCCUAAUGUAAUCACUGUUCUUUUUUCCCCCCGCUUCCAGUCACGCAUCUACCCACUUUCUCGCUUAACAUAAUUAACAUAUUGUAAUCAACUUACUGACAGUCGAGUGUAGGUAUUGUAACAGCCAGUCCGCUAUGUUUUUUCUAUUUUUUUGUUAUAUAUUAUUAAGUUUCCUCUAAAUCUUUAUAACGUACUUGUUCUCCAGAGUUGCGUCAAACUUCUUCCUUCAUCAGCCUGUGUGGCGUUUGCAGCUUUGCAUAUUGUGUGAGAUUAGCACCUAGCUGCCCUACUUAUUUGUUUUAGGCGAUUUCCAUACAAACAAAAGCACCACUCACCUCUCCACUGUCACUUCCACUUGUUAGGAGGCUGUGUCACCUGCGCUGAGCGUUGUCACCAGUGAUGACUGAUGAUUAAUGGUCCUCUCACAGGUUGAUUGGAUCAGUUUCAUGAUUUCAUUGUGAAAUGAUCAGCUGCUGCUGCUGCUGCUCACAAAGCAGCUUACACCAUAUGAGUUGGCCUACUUUAAAGGUUUUAUGGGGAUAAAAAAACAAAAACAGUGCCCUGUAAACAGUGACAUUGUACAACAAUUCAAAUCUAUUUCACAGUAUUAAAACGCUCUCAAUGUAUGCGUUACAACAAUAUGUGACUUAUGUGUGCCUCACAUUAGAAAAUAAUAUGUGUACUGCAGCUGGUGCAGUCGUCAAAGGAGCAGACUGUGUUUGCAGAGCCACCUGGUGGAAAACAUUGUUAUAGGUCUUCACCCUGGUUUUUAAACUGGGAUUACAUAACGACAUAGGGCUUAAUAUUGAUAUUUGUGGAGGUCAAGCAUUGACUAAAGCCAUUGAUUUUUAAGCUUUUAAAAGAAAGCCGUGGCUCUCCUACAUCUGAAGCGUGCUUAAAUAACUGGCGUAAAUAUCAAAAUCAAUGAAAACGUUGUGUUUUUUGCAUUAUAAAGUGGUCGUGGACAUGAAGAAUUGUGAAGCAUAUGCAGUAUUUGCUGUCAAGUUAUAUAUCAGACUAGAAUAGUUUCAUUUUAAGUAAAAAUAACAAGUUGUAAAAUUGUCAGAUAGAGUUUAUGGAUAGAGAGUUUAGUUUUAUUGUUGGUGGAGGGGGAGCUGUACUAGGAUGUAAUGUUGAAAGUGAGGAUGGAUGCAAUGAGUGAAGUGGAAUCCAGAGUUGAAAUGUGUGCGCUGACAUUAAAAGUCCUCAGUUUCCUCAGCAGGUGGAGGCGUUGUUGUGCUUUCCUAAAAACAGAUUCAACAUGUUGUGUAAAAGACAGGGUGGAGUCAAUCUCGAUGCCCAUGGUGCUUGAUAACAAUAUAAUAAACCUCAUAAACUUCAGCUGGUUCAGAACUCAGCCACUCAUAUCAUCACCACUAGAACCCCCGUCCUUGAACAACUUCACUGGCUCCACAUCCGUUUCCGCAUUGAAUUCCAAAUUUUUCUAUUAACAUUCAUAUCCUCCAUAUCUCACCGACCUGCUCCACACUAACACACCUUCCUGCAUUCUCUGUUGCUCCUCAGCCUCCCUCCUCUCCAUAGCACCUGCCCGCCUGUCCACAAUGGGAGAGUGAGAGUCAAUGGUUGUUUGUCUCUAUAUGUGGCCCUGCGAUGAACUGGCGAACUGUCCAGGUGCCGAUCGCUCUAUGUCAGCUGAGAUUGGCACAGCACCCCCCCGCGACUCUCCUGUGGAGGAUAAAGUGGUAGAAAAUGGAUGGUUGGUUGGAUAGAUGUUAUAGUCAGGCAGCCUGAUUAUCUGGUGUGUCCCCUCUGGCUUUGAGGUCAUCCCGGACAACAUGCUGGAGCUAAUUCUAGUGUACAGCCUGUACUAAACUUAUUGUUUAUACUGUGUGAUGGAGCCCCCGUGGUUCAUCGAUCCCCUCAAUGGAUCUUGUCCCGAGGGGUGCUCUCUGCACAAACCCAGCAGCUCAUCAAUGCAUUCCUUUGCACUCUAGUCCCGUUAGCGGAUUCUUAAUAGGAGCUCAUCUCAAAGGAGAAACCAGUGUGACCUCAAUGAAGGACGUCGUCUUUUCACAUGCAAACGUAAAAAUGACUUUGGGUUUAUUCUAAUUUAAAUUCCAGUUGCUGAGUCUUGUUUUAGCACCCAGCUCAACAUUUCCGGCGGGUUAACAAACCAGGCGGAAAGAACAUGCCACUGUAUAUGAUCCAAAUGCCUUGUCCUUGUUGUCAAGCUCAGUUUUUCUUUUUUGCAUCAUACUUCAUUAGGGCACCUCAGCGCUGCUCUCCUCUGCAAACCUGUCAGGCUAUUCAUAGCAGUGGCUCAGGUUGGGGUCUCCCAGCAUGUCUCAUCUCCUGCAUUGUUACUGCAGCCUGGCAGCCCUCAGGGCUCCACCAGCCCAAUUCUCUUUUUUUGAUAAAGUCUCCGUGUCUGCCCUAUAGUGAGCACGGUAGAGUGAGAGAUUGUGGGAGAUGACGAGCAUACAGAACUAAUGGGAGUAGAUCUUUUUGGGGUGAUUUUAACAGGAAUUGCACCAUUGACUCACUCGUAUUGUAUUGUUAUUUUAGGACGCGUGACUUUCUGGCUCCAUGUGGCGUUACAUCAUUUCAUAUUGAUUAUCAUAGCUCUGAGGUUAGUGCUUUCCCUGCCAGCAGCAACAUUCACUCCAUAUUCAGCUGAACUUUGUCUUUAUCACACAUGUUCAAUAAGCCUGCACAAGGUUCGAGAUGAAACCGGCAUCCGAGAUGCACUCAAUGAUGCACGACGCAAUUUGAACCACUUGAAAAACUACACAAACAAAUUUAAAAUUGCAGUGGGGAAAAAAAAAAAGUACUAAAUCCCAAUUAGCAGGUGAAUUUUGAUAAACAGUGCCCGCCUUAAAUUGAUAGUUGGAGCUAUGAAAUUAUCCUCGCAUCACUUUGACCAACACGCCAUAAGAGAAGUGAUUUCUGCCUGCUGACAAAAUUGGAUUAUGCAAUUUGAGUUGGUCAUUCAUAUUAGAAUCUCAAUUAGCAUUGGCAGAUUGUCUCAAGGGCAAUUUACUCUAAUUACUGUAAUAGACAAAUUAAAGGACACAGAUGGUAGUAAACAUAUCACAAAGAAAAUGUUUGCUGUCCAGAUAAAUGUUGCAUUCUGAAUUCCAUUAUAAUUAUUAUUUGUAAUGCUUAUUGUGCCUAUAGUCCCUAGUGAAACAAAAUAUAUGAAAAAAAAAAACCGUUAUUGAUCAACACCAUGUGACAUCCGAAAGGGAGAAAUACAAAAAUCAAAGUUGUCGCUAUAGCAACGCCCCUGCCAGAUUCCACCAAUCAAUGGAGUCUGUGGGGUUGCGAGAUGCACCAGGGAAAGGCCAGCGUCCUACAUAAGGAGUGCGGGACGGGGAGCCGGGAGCCACAAAGGGGGCAGCAACACACCUUUCGGCACGUACACGAUAAAGACACAGCAACAAGAGGCAGGGUCAGAAAAGAGUGAUACACAGAGAAGAAGAGAGGCAGGGAAUAUCCAAGAAGAUAUGCUACGCUCAUGUGGACGAGGGACCCCUGCCUGGGUCUAUGUGGGCACUCUAUUCAUCUUCAUCCACUUGUACCCUUUCACAGUCAGAGGAGCCGCUCUGAAGCAGGAGGCAGCGCUGGACAGUGGGGCAACGGUGCUGAACCACUCCAUGGGGUUGGUGCAGCGCAUGGAGGCGCUGCUGGUAAUCGGGAACAGCAGUGACGUCACUCUCCGGGUGCAGACCAUAAACACGGACGAGGUGAAGGUGAUCCAGGCCCACAGCCUACUUCUCACCCUGCAGAGUGAUGUGUUUGAGGAACUGCUGCUCAGCCGCAACAGCAGUGCUGUGGUACUGAGGGAGGCGCCUGACUGCGCAGCUGUCUUUGACAAGUUUGUCAGGUAUUUGUACUGCGGUGACAUCUCAGUACGGCUGGAUCAGGCUAUUUCCCUGCAUAAGCUGGCCAGCAAGUAUCAUGUGUGGGGCUUGCAGCAAGGUCUGACCCAAUAUAUGACCCAGCAUCUUUCUAGUGAUUCUCCCAUGGGGCAUGUGGUUGGCUGGUACAACUAUGCACUUCAAAUUGGGGACAUGGCCCUGCGGGACAACUGCCUGCAGUACUUGUCCUGGAACCUAUCUUCUGUGCUGCAGAGUGGAGAGUGGGGCUCCAUCAGUGAAGACCUGCUCCUCUCCUUGCUCCAGCGUUCUGACCUCAUUCUGCAAAGUGAGCUGGAGCUCUUCGAAGCAUUAGAAGCCUGGAUCAACCUGAACCAGCCCCUCAGUUUGACAGUGGAGAGUGCACUAAGGGCUGUUCGAUAUGGCAUGAUCCCUCCUCAGCACCUCUUCCGUCUUCAGAAGCAAUCUGCCCUCAUGUUCAAGUAUUAUGAAUCCAUUCGUGAUCUCCUCUAUCUAGCGUUCCAAUUCCACUCUGCCUCACCCAUCCAGCUGGCCAAAUUCUUUGAUGUCAACUGUAGUAUUUUCACUCCUCGUAACUACCUGUCCUCCUCCUGGGGUGCACCUUGGGUAAUCAAUAACCCCACCCGCGAUGACCGCAGUUUCAGCUUCCAGACUCAACUCGGGCCCAGCGGCCAUGACUCCAGUAAGAGAGUGACAUGGAACACCCUGUUCUCCCCUCGCUGGCUCCCACUCAGUGCCAGGUCAACCUACACUGAGCUGGGCACUAUGCAGCCCACCCGCACAGAUGGAGGUAGACCUCGCAUUAUUGUGACACCAGCCACAUCUAGUCCAGACUUUGCCGGCGUUAGUUUCCAGAAGACGGUGAUUGUAAUGGCAAAACAGCAGGGGAAAGUGGUGGUUCGUCACGUCUACAACUUCCACCAAAGCACAGAGGAGGCGGGGGAUUUCCUGUUGGAUGUUGACCUGCAGCGCCGGGCAUCAGAAUACCUCAUUGACAGCUCUCUCUAUCUGCACAUUAUAAUAAAACCACUCUACCAUUCGCUCCUAGUGGCCAGGAAAUAACAUGCAGGAAGUUGGCAUGGCCUCAUCAUUGGUCCUCUACCCUCCACCCAAACAAUCACAUGCACAUACUCUAAAGUAAAGUGCACUCAUAUCACAGACACACAUGUUCACGUCUGUGACAUUUCCAUUGUUAUUUCAUUUAUGCAUUUUUGUGUCUUCCAACUUUUUCGCAAGGGGUUGUGUGGUACAUUAAAUGAUGCACAAUAUAACAGCUCAAUAGUGAUUUCAACAUGAGAAAUGGUGGGUUAUUUCAGUAUUUCAAGCAUACUUAAACAUACAAAUGUAUUUUUAUUGUAUUUGUUCUUUUUAAGUCUGCCUGUUCCUUACAUAUAUUAAAUCUAUGUAAUGGCUAGUGUUGUUUUUAAAAGAGAUCAAUAUUGCUGUUCAUUUAUUAAUUUCAAGGGGCAAAUAUAGCCCUCUAGUUUGUGACUGUUUUAACCUAUGGCAUAUUUAUUUAAUUUAUACAUACCAAAAUGUGUAAAUUAAGGUGCAACUCUACUAUUAUUAUUAGUUAUACUUAGUUGGGAAGUAAUAAAUUAGAUUAACUCGAGUAAUUGUAAUUGAGUUGUUUUUUAUGUGUACUUUUACUACUUUUUAAAUCUGUAAUUUAACUUUCAAGUAUGUUAAUCUAACCCUAUCUAUGAUUAUUGUACCUCACGACAUUUUAAAUAACAUCUGUUACUGGAUAAG